AUGCAAAAAACAUAGGAUUAAAUUUUCUGGAUCGAUAACGAGAACUUUAACCAAGCACCGAUGUUUGACAUUAGACUUGGAAGACAGGAUUUCACUUUUACUCUAAUUAGAUCUAGCUUUGUUAAUUGCAGUAUCAGCAGAUAAGGAAGUACUGUAAGUGUAUAUAGUUAGAGAACAAAGACACUAAAUAUAUAUUCAAGCUACUUUGAAGGAAACGCUGCCAUCGAGGGUGGUGCAAUUUACUGUAAGGAUUGUUAUUUUUCAUUGCUUAACACAACUUUCAAGACCAAUGUGGCUAAAUUUGGUGGCGACUUUAUGCUACUAGACCCAUUAAUUACGAUUCAGACAUAUGAAAGUAUAACCACAACUGGAAGUUUAGCAACAUAAAAUGGAGGAUCUAUUCUAAUAAAAGAUACUUCUAGCAUAGACUACAAUGUAAAAAUAUUCUAAGGAAGAGGCCUUAACUCAUCAUUCAGCAACUGCUAUGCCAAGAAUGAUGGAGGUUGCAUAUAUAUGGAAAUAAGAGGGAACUUGAUUAUGAAAAUCACUGACACCUACUUUGAAAAUAUGGGAGCAGAAUACAAUGGUGGUAUGCUUAUGGUUCCAUAGCUAACAGGGUCAAAUUAAUGGAUAAAUCUCAAUAUUUAGAAUUGCGUUUUCGAUCAAGCAUUUACAAUUCAUGAAAAUGGUGGAGUAAUCUUCAUAAAUGAGAAUGCUAGAUAAUUGACUCUUACAAUUGAAGAUACAUAACUCAGGAAAUUAUAUGCAUAGCUUAACGGAGGAUUUCUCUAUUCAGGAGCUAGAAACUAAUUGAUUGCUACUUUUAAUAACGUGACAAUUGAUGAUAUUCAGGCAGAAAACGGAGGAUUUAUUUACUCACUAACUGAUUCCAACUAGAUGAAUGUUUAAAGUAACUCUGUAAUAAGUAAUGCCAAGGCUUUAUAAAGUGGUGGAUUAUUCUACAUUGAAAAUGAAAAUGCAAAUAUCAGGAUAAAUAUAGUAGGAUCAACUAUCUUGAACUCUCAAGCUACAGAUGGCUAUGGUGGAUUAAUCUAUGCCAAUUGUGAAUAAAUCAGAGUUGACUUCACUGUCUAUACAAAUAUAUCUAGUACUAAAUCACGUAAAGGAGGAAUAAUCUUCUCAAAUGCUCGAAUAAAUACUCUAUAUAUAUGGCAGACCCAACUGGAUAACUCUGAGGCUAUUGAAGAUGCAGCAGGCUUUUAUUUAAAUUCUUCAUACCAGACUUGGGUAUAUGUAGACAAGAAUAGUACUCUUAAGAAUUUUGGAAGUGGCUCAACUGGAGGUGUGUUUUAUGUCAGCGGAGAUUAUAUUAGCAUGAAUAUCAAUAAUCUAUAAUCUCUAAAUACAAGUGCCACUGACUAGGGUGGAUUCCUGGUAACUUCAGAAGAUUUUGAUAGACUUGUCAUUAGGAUUAAGUAUUCUUAAUUUCUUAACACAUCUGCUGAGUUUUUUGGGUCAUUUAUCAGCGUAAGAGGAGAUGAUUUUCCAGAUGUUGACAUUCAAAUUUCAGACUCAAAUUUCACUUGUAAAGAAUCAACUUAUUAUGAUGAUUGGCCUUCUACAUAUAUUAUGACUUUGAAAAGUUUGGAUGAAGGCUAAGGAUUGAUUGCAGGAUUGCUUUCAUUUGGGGAAUUCGUAACUGGUGAUGUUUCCUCAACGAAAAAUAAAUAUUAAAAGUGUUAUGCUACAUAUGAAGGCUCUAUAUUCAAUGUGCCUAAAUUCAUGACUCUAACUGAUACAUAAUCUAAAUAUGAGUUUAAUGGUGGACUCAAUGGACUUAUAAGUGCUGUGUCAAGCAGAGUGGUCAUGAAUGAUGCUUACAUCAAGGACUCUAUUGCUAAAUAUUCAGGUUUUGUACAUAUGGUCAAUAAUGCUUCUGUUGCUGUUAACAGAUUAAAAAUAUCAUAUUCUAAGUCCAGAUUGCAGGGAAGUGCUUUUUAUAUUGAAGGGAAGGGACAAACAGAACUAAAGAUUUUAAAUUGUCCUGAUAAAUUAGAGUAUUUUGAAUCUAGCUAAGACGGUGGAUUUCUAUAUAAUUCCAAUCCUGACCUUGAUUUAAAUAUUAGUAACUGUAUUAUCAACCAUGUAUAUUCUGCUUCUGAUGGUGGCCUAUUAUACUUUGACAAAGGGGACAAUAUAAAGUUAUACAAUGUAUCUAUCACUAACAUUACCUCUUUUGGAAAUGGAGGUCUUAUCUACUCACUUUAUUAUGGAACAAAAUUUAAUUUAGGCAGAGUUUUAGUAAAAUGUAAAGAAUUUUACGAUGCAGUAGAUUUAAAUUAAGAACUAUACAAAAACCAAACUUCUCAAGGCUCAAUGAUCUAUGUCAAAAAUAGUCCAUCAUUUUAUGGGGCAGACAACUCCUUUCAAAAUUGCUUUAUUUCCAGUGAGGGGUCAGUAUAUAAUCUUGAAAAUUCUACACUAGAUGAUCGAAGAUCAAGUUAUAUAUAAAAUUCUGCUAUUAAAGGUGGGGUAUUUUACUUUAAUAAUGUCAACAGCACUUUCUAAUCUAUUAAUGUUGAAAGAGUACUAGCAUAUCUAGGUGGUACAUUUUUUAUUCUUGGGCGAAAUAUCUUGACCAUCUAAGGCAUUUAUGUCAAUUAAAGUGAAUCAUUUGGGGAUGGAGGCUUCCUACAACUCAGAGAGGAGGUAAAUAGGAAUGAGAUUUCUAUUUAUUCAGAUGUUACUAACAAAGUAAGAAUAUAUAAUCUUGCAAGCAGAGAAGCUAAUGGUGGAGCUUUCUUUAUUGACUGCUCCAAUACUGAUAUUUCUUUCAACAAUGUCCUAUUCUAAAAUACCUCUUCUUUGAUAAGUGGUGGUUUUGCAAAUAUCAAAAAAGCUAAAAAUAUCUUUAUAAGCAAAUCUACUAUCUUUUAAGCUAAUAGUAGAGAAUCAGGAUCUGUUAUCUAUUCUGAAUCAGUUGGAAGCAAUUUCGAUCUUUAAGAAACCACAUUUGAUUGUCAAGGUGAAAUGUUCGGGAACAUUAAUAAUUAUCUUAUAGAACGAAUCAAAACUAAUGGAGGGGCUUUCUAUCUUAAAAGUGCUUUAACUACGAAUUCCUAUGGGAACACAUAUUAAAAUUGCUAUGUUGGGGAUGUUGGAGGAAUAUUUUACUUCACUAACACUAACUUUCAAGAGACUAAUUCUGUUUAUCAAAAUAAUGCUGCGAUAUAUGGUGGAGUGUAUUAUUGCAUCAAUUGUAAUAUUUACCUGAGGAAUACUUAAGUGAUAAACAACAAAGCAACUAAAGGUGGUCUAGUCUAUUUGUAGGACAAUGGAGAUCUGACUUUUGAUAAUUUUAUGGCUCGAGGUUCUUAUUCAAUGGAAGGCGGUGGCUUGGUUUACUUGACUUAAAAACAAUCUAAUUCUAAUUCAACAAUCACUUUCAAGAAUACAGCUACCAUGUCUGAUUUCGCAUCUGAAUAAAGUGGAGGAGGUUUCUAUAUUGAUCACAAAGGACUGAACUUCUAUGUUUUAAAUCCAAUUUCGAUGUAGAAUAGUAAUGCUCAUAGCGGACAUGGAGGAUUUUUAUAUAUUGUAAACGGAAAUAAUUUCUUGAUUUAAAAUUCAAACUUUAUUGGGUUUGGUGCUACGGGUAAUGGUUCUUUUAUAUACUCUACUUCAUAUGAACUUAACUUGACUCUUUUGAAUAAUAUUUUGAAAGGGUCUUCCACUGAAUGGACCACAUAUUAUCUAGAUGAUUUGAAUAAAACUACUAAGGGAGGAGCAGUCUAUGUUGAAGACAGUAAAUACCUGAUAAGAUCAACUAGCAAUAAGUUUUCAAAUUUAUACAUUUCUCAUUAAGGAGGAGCUUAUGCUCUUAUAAACACAUCUAUAAAUGAUAGUUUCUCAAGCUAUUAGUAUACAAAGGCCAGAUUUGGAGGAGCAAUAUAUUGUGAAUUAUGUCACUUAGAAUUGUUUUAAGCAAAAUUUGAUCAUAAUUAGGGUUUAAGAGGAGGCUCGAUCUAUAUUAAUAAUCAUUAGGGUAAAUUUACUGCAACUGAAAUAAGCUUUGCAAACUAAUAUUCUCAAGUAUCUGGAGGAGUAAUGUAUCUUUAAGGAAUCUCAACUGGAAGUAUAGAGUUUAGAAAUAUCUCAAUUAAAGUAAGUGAAUCGAUUCAAACAGGAGGAUCAUUCUACCUUGAUCAUUAAAAUUCUAUAUUCAAUAUAAACAAUAUGACCUUAAACCAAUCAAAAGCUGAAAAAGAAGGCGGAGUAUUUUACAUAAAUAAUUAGACAUUAUUGAACAUUACUAACUCUUAAUUUCAUAACUUGACAUCUCAUUAAAAAGGAAGUUUUAUGUUUUCAACCUCAUAAUUACUCACCCUAAAUACAAUUAAUUCUACAUUCACUUGUAGUAAUAAAAGUUUAAACUACUCUUAAGAUCUUGAGGGAAAUAUAGAUACUAUCAAUCCUUAUCUGACAAAUGCUGGCAGUUUUUAUAUUGACUCAGCAUUAGGGGUUAAAACUUAAAAUAUUAGUGUGAAAAAUUGCUAUUUAGGAGAAACUGGUGGUGCUUUUUCAUUAAUUAACACUACAUUAAUUGAUAAUAAUAGUUCCUACUCCUCUAAUGCAGCUUUACUAGGUGGUGUAAUUUAUUCAGAAACAUCAACAAUUACCUUGCUUAAUGCUAAUGUAUCUAAUUCAUAUGGUAUUAAUGGAGGAGUGAUAUAUCUUCAUAAAGUUAAUCCAAUCUCUAUAAACAACUCAAGAUUCAUUAACAACAGCGCUACUAUGAACGGUGGAUUCACAUAUAUAACAGAGAGUGGAGUUUAAACGGGGUUUUACAAUUAUACUAUGAACUUUACUAAUAUCACCAAUUCUAAAUCUGGAUAAUCUGGAGGUGCAUUCUUUGUUGAAUCUACUACACUUAGAAAUAUAAGCAUGUAUCGGGUCAAUAUUAUCAAAUCUAUGACAGCAAAUACCGGAGGUGUAAUUCAUAUUAAAGAAAUGAAAGGUCACCUGAACAUUUCAUCUGACAUCAAUACUCAAAAUUUGAUCUCAGAUUUUAAUGCAUCUUCUAUGGGAUCUUUCUUAUACAGUGCAGGUUAAUAGGACUUUUCUUUGAAUAUAUACAACUCCAUUGUUGAAGCUAGAAAUUACUAUGAUUACCCCUCUAUCUAAAGUAAGAUUUUAGAUACUAGUUCUGGAUUCGCAGGAGCAUUUUACAUAUCUUAAUCUAAAAUUGGAAUAAUCUCAAGAAAUAACACAUUUAGGCAAUGCUAUACCGCUAUGACUGGUGGUGUAUUUACAUUAGUUUAGACAAGGCUAGAUGAUCACAAUUCUAAAUACUACCAGAAUGCAGCUAUUACAGGUGGUGCAUUUAAAUGUGAAACAUGCUCAAUAAUAAUGAUAAAAUCUUCAAUUUUCUAAAAUUUUGCUGCAAAUGGAGCAGUAUUUCUCAUUGAUAAUUAUGCCUCACUAAUGAUAGCUGAUACUGAGAUAAACAGCAAUUAAGCAGCCUCAAGAGGAGGAGUAUUUUCUAUAAUUAAAUCUGAUUUCGGUAGUCUUGAAGGUGUUUAGCUGUAAAUAGAAAACUGCUCUUCAAUUUAAUAUAACAAAGCUAAUGAAGGAGGUUUUAUAAAUGUUGAAAAUGAAUAUAUGAGCAUCAAUAUAACAAACUCAAAAAUCUAAUUUUAGACAGCAGCAUUAAGAGGUGGUAUUAUAAAUUCAAUAAAAGCAAAGUCGAUUUCGAUUUUAAAUUCAACUCUUACUAAUUUCUAAUCUAUUGACGGAGCUGGAAUUUACUCUAUAUCUGAGGAUGUCACAAUACAUAUCAGUAAAUCUUUUGUAGAGUGCAAUUAGCUAUUUGAUUUCACAACUGUUUCUAAAUAUCUAAAUGCCUAAGAAUACACAUUUACACUUCAAUCAAAUUUCUUCGUUUUAAGAGCCAAACAAGUAAUAUCUGAGACUAAUAAAUUCCAGAGUUGUGCGGUUUGCAAUUUAGGAGGAGUUUUUACACUUUAGCAAACAGUUUUUAAUGACACUAAGUCUAGAUUUAUUCAGAAUGCUGGAGCAUCAGGAGGGGUUUUCUUAAUUACCCAGAGUAAUGUUUCGCUUAUAGGAUCUUAUGUAGAGUCUAAUUACGCAUAUGAAGGUGGAGCAAUGUCAGCUUACUAAGAUUCCUUUAUUUAUAUGCAUAGCUGUUAGUUCACUAGCAAUACAGCUUACUCAUCUGGGGGUGUGAUGUAUGUAAAUACAGAGUCAUUCUUUUGGACGAUAAAUUCUCUAUUCUAAAAGAAUUAUGCACCAGAGUCAUCUGUUAUUUUAGUUCUUGGAGGAAGUAUGGUUUAAAAUAACACUAUUAUCAAUAGUAAUAUUAUAAACAACAACGCAUCAACCAAUACUUUAUCACUAAUGUAUGGAAAUCUCAUAAUAACAUCUUCAGCAUUUGAGAGUAAUUAUGCAUUAUUCAGAUCUAAAAACAUAUUCCUUGGCUUCUGUAAAGUUCAAGUGUCUAAUUCAAAAUUUACUAGCAACACAGAUUCAGAUGAUCCAAAAUCAAUUUUAAAUGAGCAAACAACCGGCACCUUCUUUUUCAUCAUUUUUGAUGUAAAUAUUAUGAUAUAAGGUUGUACAUUUUAAAAUGGUAGGUCUAGAUUAGGAGGAGCAAUAUAUAUCUCAGGAGAUAGUUAUAUAAAAAUCUAUUCUAGCAAAUUCAUUAGCAAUUAUGCAGCGACCUAUGGAGGAGCUAUUUAUGCUGUAGGAUUCAAAAAUCUUGAAAUAGGGGAAAAUUCAUUCUUAAGAAACAAUUUAGCAGUAGAAAAAGGCGAUGAUUUUUAUGUUUCUAAUACUUAAAGCAACUUCACACUUAGCAAAGUUAAUAUAACUAAUCCUAAUGCAAAAGGAUCAAUUUACGCUGAACAGGUAGCUUUGACAAUAUCAGAAUCUGGAUUUUAAAAUAUCUAAAAUUAAGAAAGUGCUUAAGGAGGAGCACUAUAUUGUCUUAACUGUAGAAAAAUUAAUAUUACUCAGAGUUCAUUCAUCAAUAUUCUAAGUAAAUAAGGUGGAGCUUUAUAUAUUCAGGAGAAUGAGGUAAAUAAGAAAUUGUCAGAUAAACUUGGUAAAUAUUAAAUUCUUGAUAGUAUAUUCUAAGGAUGCGAGGCUUAGCAAACUGGUGGAGCAAUAUUUUUAGAUAAUAUAUAAUACAUGACGAUUGAAUCUACUAAGUUCCAAGAGAAUAAAGUGAAAUAUUCUAAAGAUGCAUCUAAUAUGGAAGUAUCUGGAUCUGGAGGUGCAGUAUAUUAUACUUGCAACUCUUAGCUAUUAAAUUGCAAAUUUGAGAUUAUUAGGAAAUCAAUUUUCUCUAAGAAUAGUGCAGAAAUCAAAGGAGGGGCUAUAUUUUGGGAUACUCUUGAACCAAUUUAUUUGGAUUCUGACAUCAUAUUUAGAGAUAAUUCUGCAAAGUUUUACGGAAACGAUGUCGCAUGCUUCUCAUAAACUUUGAAUGUCAUUUCUCAAUCUUAGUAUAAGCAAUUACUUGUCAAAGUAGGGCUUGCCUAGGAUGAUAGGCUAUUAAGACAAUUAGAAAUAAUCUAAUCAAAAUUAAAACCAGAGAGAUUAUUAGAUGGCAUUGUAAAUAUAAACGAAGGUAAGGUCUAGUCUUAAAGAAGUGGUGGAAGUAUUCCAACUAUCUAUUUAGCACAUGUAGACAAAUAUGGUUAAAUUGUUGGUUCUGAUUUUUCAAGCAAAGUAAGAGUUUCUGUUGAUUCUACAUCAAAUACAAAUCCGAAAGCACUAGCCUAUCCACCAAACAUUGAAGGAUAAACCUAAUUCGAUUCUUAAGCAGGCAUGGCUGUUAUUUAGGGUAUUAGUUUUGCUGGAACUCCUGGAUAUACCUAUAGUUUAUCUUUUUCAACAGACGGAAUAGACUUAACAAAGGAAUCAAACAAGAAUUACAUGAAAAAUUAGGGAGCUAAGACUAACUUAGAUACUGAAUUACCUAUAGCCUUAAGAGAUUGUGAGAUUGGAGAGUAAUAUACAAGUUCAGGGAAAUGCAUGUCUUGUCCUGAUGGGCAAAGUUUUGCCUUGGUUAAAAUGACUUCUCCUGGUGAUUGCAGUACUUGUCCAACUGACAAAGCAGUUUGUAAUGGUGGGUCAAAUGUAGGCCCUAAGAAUGGGUAUUAUAGAAAAAAUAACUAAACUUCUACAUUUGUCAAAUGUCUUUAUGCACCAGCUUGUCUUGGAAUGAUUCCUCCAGUUAAUGAUCCAAUGGGAACAUGCGCUGAAGGUUAUCAAAAUGUGAUAUGUGCAGAUUGUUAAAUUAACUACUCAAGAACUGGGGACUUUGAAUGCUCUAAGUGUCCAGAUCCUAUUUAGAAUGUAAUAAGGCUGUUUUUCAUAAUGAUUGGCCUAUCAGCUCUUGUAGUAUUUACAGUCAGAUCAACACUUUAAGGAGCUAAAGAGAAGAAUAACGUCACUAGUAUUUUCAUGAAAAUCCUUUUAAACCAUAUCUAACUGAUUUUAUUGACUGCUUCAUUUGAUUUCAAAUGGCCUGAUGAAGUACUUGAAUUAUUUGAUACUGCUAAGCCUGUAGCUGCCAUUUCUACUCAAAUUAUUAGUUUUGAUUGCUUUUUAGACUAAAGAAAUGAAGAGUAGCAAAGUGAAUCAUAAACAAAUGCAGAAAAUGGCUAAAUAAGAAUAUUUUUCCAAAAACUUAUAUUUCUUGCUAUUUUGCCUCUAGUUCUUGCUGCUAUUACUAUAGGUAUUUGGUAAAUUAUCAGAUUAAUUAAGAAAAAUAAUGUGGAAAUAUAAGGUAGAACAAUAUCUACUAUGGUUAUUGUGCUAUUCUUGAUUCAUCCUAACAUUGUCUAGUUCAUGUUUUACAACUUUAAGUGCAUUGAAAUUGAUAGUGAUUUGAGAGUUUUAAAUGAUCUCGAGGUUUUAUGCUGGAAUAAUUAGCACAAGAUAUUUAGUUUCUUCGUUGCAGCUCCGAGUAUAAUAGUAUGGGGCAUAGGCAUACCUGCUUUUGCUCUUUUGAUUAUGAAGAAAUUUUCAUUUCAACUUGAAUAAUUGGAGAUUAGAGAGAAAUUUGGAUUUCUAUACAGAGGCUAUAGGCAUGAUUUUUAUUUUUGGGAGAUCGUAAUUAUGUACAGGAAAAUGCUUUUGAUCUUUAUAGCUGUUUUUAUUGGAAAUAUAGGUGUGAUUGCCCAAGCACUUAUAGUAUUUAAGAAGCCAUAUUCAACGGAUGCUCUGAAUGACUUAGAGACUAUGUCGCUUGUAACAUCAAUGAUAUCUGUUUACUGUGGACUUUUCUUUAUAGCAAACAAACCAGAAGAAUGGAUAAAGGACAAUCCAGAGUACUCCACAGGCUCACUAUCACUUAGCAGCAAUUCAUUGCUGUUUUUCUUUGCAAUGAUAGUGAUGUGCAAUCUUUUAUUCCUACUAUAUUGGUGCGUCAAAAUGUACUACGAAGUAAAGGCGAAAUUCAGGUCAAUAGUCCCUAGAGUAUAUCUGAUUCUUUGCUUGUGUUUUAAUCGAGAAAAAUUAUAAAGAGAAUUAAAAGAAUACGAAAUAAAGCUUAUUAAUGAGAACUUAAAAGAAGAUUUUCUAAAGAAUCUGUCUGUUAUUAAGAAUAUGUAUAAAAAAGGGGAAAUAGUCCUUAAUUAAAAUAACUUAGAGAGACUUUUAUCUUACUUACAUCCUGAUAAGGUCAAAGAAAUAGCAAUAAAGCAGCAGGAAGUUGAAAUAGAUGUUGAAGCAGUGGAAAAAGAGCAAAAGAGAAAGGAUAGAGCUAAAGAGAAUGUCUCGAAGAUGAAGCAAGCUCAAGUAAUAAAUAAUACUGAUAAAUUAUUUUAGUUCUCUGCUGAAGAUGUAAAAAGAUCUGAUAGUGUUAGGACAAACGUAACACUUGAAAAGAAGUCUAUUGAUUUUGAUGAGGCAUUUUUAGAUGAAGAAGAAAAUAAAAAGCCUUUAAUGAGCGGCGCAGAGACAUAAGAUUCAGUCAUAGUAAAAAGAUCUUUUAAAUCAAAUCACAUUGAAGAUAAUGAUCAUUCUGAUUUUUAGGAUAGCAAAGGGAGUUAAAGCAAUACCACUUACAACAUGCAAGACUUGUAUUUGUCCACUAAUCGAGAGCUAUUAUUGGACACUGAAGACGAGUAGGAUGAUAAUGCUUCUAUUCAAUUCAGUGAAAAAGAAUAGUACGACAAAGAGCUAUAAGUCCUUAAAGAUAUUCAAAAGCUAGAUGAGUAUGCUAAAGAGAAAUAGAAAAUGGAAAAUUCUGAUAAGGUCAGUGGAAGAAAGAGCAAUAUGAAAGUUAGAGGAUAAAAUAAAAAACAAAAAGAGACUCUUAUUGAUAAGAUUAAACAAGCUCUAAAGAACCAAUCAUAGAAAAAAGAAAUGGAUGGUGUAAAAAAAGAUUCAAUAUUAAGGCCAAUAGAAAUAGAAGAUAUCACUAUGGAUGAAUAAGAAAUAUUAGAGGAAUCAUUUGAAUCAGUAAAUGCAAAAACCUUCUACAGUAUCAGCAAUGUUGAUGAAAGUAAAAAAUCGAAAAUCUAUCAAUCUAACAACCUUUAGGAUUUGUUCUAAAAAAAUUAAAACCUCAGUAAAUUCAAGAUAUUAUCAUAGGCUAAGAGAAAAAAAGGAUUCUAAUAAGAGUCAUUAAAGGAUAAGUUAGAUAUUGAGAGGGACAAUUACAUUGAAGUAUAGAUCAGCAAAGCAUCUCAAAAGAACAAGUAAUCAUAAUAGAGGAAGACUAUGCAAAAUUAGGACUCACAAGUGAUUUCAGAGUUUCUUAAUAAUCAGAAUAUUGAAGCAAUAUUAUUCACUGAUUCAGUUGAUAGCAAGAAUGAUGGAACAAAAACUACUCUCUAAAGUAAGAAUUUCCAGAUUGAGGAAAUUAAAGAAAAUGAUUCUAGAGAGCUAUCAGAAUAUGAAGUAUAAAUUUAGAAUCUCGACUAAGAGAAUAACUAUGUGAUUAAAAAUGCUGAAAUCAUUUCUGAUCUCGAUGAUUAUAGCCUUGAGGGUUCUGUGAUCCAGAAAUACAAUCUAUCUUUAAGCGAAGGAAAUCAAAACGAAGACCAAAUAGUAGAUAAUCUAAGAAUCCCUAAACCUGAUAAUUAAUAGAAAAGGUCUAAUUAUACUAGUCAGUCCAAUAAUGCCUAUUCCAAAAUUUCAUUUGACUGA